AUGGGAAGCUUCAGAACUAAACCGCCUUCAUUUUCCUCCAUUUUCUUGCUGUUUCUUGCACUUUCAUGUGUUUCUACAGCCCAACAACCAAACCCCAUCAAGACCAUUGUGGUUUUGGUGAUGGAAAACAGAUCUUUUGAUCAUAUGAUUGGUUGGAUGAAGAAAUCUGUUAAUCCAGCAAUCAAUGGUGUCACUGGAAAAGAAUGCAAUCCUGUAUCGACCAUUAAUCCAGGCCAGCGAUCCAUUUGUUUCUCGGAUGAUGCUGAGUUUGUGGAUCCAGACCCUGGACACUCUUUUGAUGCUGUGGAGCAACAGGUAUUUGGAAAUAGCUCUAUUCCUUCAAUGACUGGUUUUGUUGAACAAGCUCUCAGCAUGUCGCAAAACCUCUCUGAAACUGUCAUGAAAGGCUUUAGUCCUGAAGCUGUGCCUGUUUAUGCCACACUUGUAAAAGAAUUUGCAGUCUUUGAUAGGUGGUUUUCCUCACUUCCUGGUCCAACACAACCCAAUAGGCUGUUUGUGUAUUCUGCUACUUCUCAUGGCUCAACAAGCCAUGUUAAGAAGCAAUUGGCUAAAGGGUACCCUCAAAAGACAAUUUUUGAUUCGCUUCAUGAGAAUGGUAAGAACUUUGGGAUUUACUUUCAAAACAUUCCGAACACUUUGUUCUAUAGGAACCUGAGGAAAUUGAAGUAUAUUUCUAAGUUUCAUCAGUUUGAUUUGAAGUUCAAGAAAGAUGCUAGAGAUGGGAAGUUGCCAACCUUAACUGUGAUUGAACCAAGGUAUUUUGAUCUUAAAAAAAUGCCUGCAAAUGAUGAUCACCCAUCUCAUGAUGUUGCUAAUGGUCAAAAGCUUGUUAAGGAGGUUUAUGAGGCAUUGAGAGCUAGUCCUCAAUGGAAUCAGACCCUCUUGGUCAUUACUUAUGAUGAACAUGGUGGAUUUUAUGACCAUGUUAAGACUCCUUAUGUUAAUGUUCCUAGCCCAGAUGGGAACACUGGCCCUGCCCCUUCUUUCUUUAAGUUUGAUAGGCUUGGUGUUCGUGUGCCGACGAUUAUGAUCUCUCCUUGGAUCAAGAAAGGCACUGUGAUAAGUGGCCCAAAGGGACCUGCUCCAAACUCAGAGUUUGAGCACUCUUCAAUUCCUGCAACUAUAAAGAAAAUGUUCAACCUCUCCUCUAACUUCUUGACCCACAGAGAUGCUUGGGCUGGCACAUUUGAAGGAGUUGUUGGGGAGUUAACCUCUCCCAGAACUGACUGCCCAGUGACCUUGCCGGAUGUAACACCUUUGAGAAGAACAGAAGCGAAAGAAGAUAGUUCAUUAUCCGAAUUCCAGAGUGAGGUAGUUCAGCUAGCUGCUGUUCUUAACGGUGACCACUUCUUGAGCAGUUUCCCACAUGAGAUGAGCAAGAAAAUGAACGUAAAAGAAGCUCAUGAAUAUGUAGAAGGUGCUGUUACUAGGUUCAUUAGAGCAAGCAAAGAGGCUAUAAAUCUAGGAGCAGAUGAAUCCGCCAUUGUAGAUAUGAGAUCAUCACUCACUACUAGAUCUUCAGUUCACAAUUAG